AUGUUUUCAAGUUCAAUCAGUCAGAAAGCUUUGCGUGCUACUUUGUUGGCAAAAAGAUUUAACUCGUCUCAUUCUCACCAUGUUGAAAAGAAACCAGUUGAAAUUACCUUUGCCAAAAUAUUUGCUGUCGCAUCCAUAGUUGGAGGGAUACUUCUUUACAAGAACAAAGACAAGACUGAAACGCCUCUUUUCAAGUCAGGACUUUUUGACCAAGAAUUGAGUGGACAACGUGACCAUUUAAGAGAAGGAGAAUAUGAGAGUCGUUAUAAAAUGGGAUUCAUCAAAACUUAUAUCGCUGAUAAUGGUGGCUCUGGAUUUGGUAACUCAGCUUAUAGAAGAGGAAGUGGAGAAGAGGUUACCAACACGAAUUUAAUACCAGCCCAUUCUCCAUGGGGCCCACAAUUUGGUGCCGGAAUUAAAUUAGACAAAUUGGGUGAAAGGAGGGAGAGAAUAGAAAGGUUUGCUCCACUUAAAUAG